CCUCGGUAGAGUCCCGUGGUGACACAGCUCAUAGCAACCUCCAGCUCUUGGGCUUAGGCGAUUCUCUUGCCUCAGCCUCCCAAGUAGCUGCAAUUACAGGUGCCCGCCAGAACACCUGGCUAUUUUUUUGUUGCAGUUUGGGGCCAGGUUUAAAUCCACCACCCUUGGUAUUUGGGACUGGUGCCCUACUCACUGAGCUACAGGCGCCACCCGAAUUUUGCUUGCUUUUGCUCUGAAGAGGCUGUUUGGGGCCUUUGAGCACCAUAUCCCCUCGGCAGCCUGAUGCUCCCUCUCAGCUCGGGCUCAGAGGCUAAACUGGGUGGGCUUUCUGUUGGUCUGUGGUGGUAUAAGCCUUUGACACACAGAAGAUUCCCAGAAGCCCAGUCAGUGAUGUGGAGCAGCUCCAGCGGGGCAGGGUGAGCCUGGCAUCCUGCCCAUCGGCCCCUCGAACUCAGGGGUGCUAGGGGCGAGUAUCCUGGACAUGAGAUGGAGCUGGUGCCUGACACAGAUGCUUCCAAAGUGUCUCUCUCAGGGCUCUUUCGUUCUCUGGACAUGAAGGAGCAGGCCCCAAACGGCCACUGCAGGCACUGACAUCUGUUACCCACAGUGGGGCUGCCACAGACUCCCAGCUGGCAUUGGGCAGUGCAGGCCACAACCCACAUUCGUGGCCACUGGGGAGGGGGCACAGGGCUGGAUCCCCAGGGCACACAGGGCCUCCAGGAGGGAGGCAGGCAGGAGUUGGAGCCUGGAGACAGAGCUGCCCUGCUGCACACACCUGGCUUACGUCUGCCCCAAGCCGCCGGGAGAGAAUGUGCUCCCUGUCCCGCUGCUGCUCUGAGUGGUCUCCCACGUAAAAGCAGCCGGAGGGAGUCCCUCCCAUCCUGGUGUCUCUGCUUCUUCCCCAGUGGUUGCAGGAUGUGCUGGGCCAGGUGCUGGACGCACUAGAAUACUUGCACCAGCUGGACAUCAUUCACAGGUGACCAAGGCCGCCACCUCCAGGGACUGGUUUGCUGCCUCAGGAGAAAAGGCAGAGUCUGCUGGGGGCUGAGAAUGGGUACAGGAUGGGGUGGCAGGUACCAGCCUUCCAGAGCCCCUCCCUGGAGCAGAGCAUGGUGCCCUCCUCUGAGCAGUGCCAGGGCCUGACGUGUGCACAGCUGCAUGGAGGUGCAAUGGUCGGGGAACCUCAAACCCUCCAACAUCGUGCUUGUCAGCAGCAGCCACUGCAGACUGCAGGAGCUGAGCUGCCACACGCUGAUGGUCGACGAAGCCAAGUGGAACGUCCGCGCAGAGGAAGACCCCCGUCAUAAGUCCUGGAUGGCACCUGAAGCCCUCGAAUUCUCCUUCAGUCAGAAAUCUGACAUCUGGUCCCUGGGCUGCAUCAUCCUCGACAUGACCAGCUGCUCCUUUGUGGAAGACACGGAAGCCAUGCACCUGCGGAAGUCCCUCCGCCAGGGCCCAGGCAUCCUGAACGGCGUCCUGAAGACAAUGGAGAUGAAGCAGAUUCCAGAUGCCAACAUCUUCGUGGGUCUUUUGCCGUUGAUGCUCCAGAUCAACCCCUUGGAUAGAAUAACCAUCAGGGAUGUGAUUGACAUCACCUUCGUGAGGAACUCAUUCAAGUCCUCGUGCGUCACUCUGUUCCUGCACAGGCCGAUGGUGCCUGAAUUCAUCACUGACAUGCUGUUAGGAAGCAAUGUCGCCAGCAUCUUAGAAGUCAUGCAGAACUUCUCCAGCCAACCUGAAGUCCAGCUCCGGGCCAUGAAGAAGCUUCUGGUGAUGCCUGAAGAUGAGCUAGGUCUGCCGUGGCCCCUGGAGCUGGUGGAAGUGGUGGUGGCCGUCAUGAGGCGGCACGAGCGGAUUGCUGACGUGCAGCUGAGUGCCUGCUCCCUGCUGCUGCGCUGCCUGGGCCAAGGGCUGAUACGGGACCCAGAAGCUGAGGUGCCAUGUGACAGCGCUGUUCUCUCCACCCUCCUGAAGACCCUGAGGAGCCACCCCAAACUGGAGCAGCUCACUGCCUCUGUCUACAGCCUGCUGACCAUCACCACCAGCCAGGCAUCGGCCUUGGAGGAGCUGCAGAAGGCUGGGCUGUUCGAGCACAUCCUGGAACACCUGGUCAGCGCUCGCGAGAACAGGGACAUGUGCAUCAAUGGCCUGGGCCUGCUCUGGUCCCUCCUGGUGGAUGCUGUCAUUGUGGACAAGGCCCCCCUGGAGAAGGCCCCAGCCCUCAUCAUCCAGGUGCUGGGCUCCUACCCCACGGAUGCGGAGAUGGCUGAAGCCGGCUGUGCGGUGCUCUGGCUGCUAUCCUUGCUGGGCUGCAUAGGAGAGAGCCAGUUCGAGCAGGUGGCAGCAGUGUUCCUGCAAAGCAUUCAUCUGUGCCAAGACAGAGUCCUGCUGGUGAACAAUGCCUACCGGGGGCUGGCCAGCCUGGCAAAAGAGUCAGAGUUGGUGGCCUUCCAGGUGGUGGUACAGGAGGACACUGGAGGCCUUGGCCUCAUCAAGGAAACAUACCAGCUGUACAAGGAUGACCCGGAGGUGGUAGAGAACCUCUGCAUGCUGCUGGCUCACCUGGCUUCCUAUAGUGAGAACCCCCUUCUCACCCCUUUCCCCUGCCAUGGGAGCCAGUGGUCAGAGGUACCCUGCUCAGCUCUGACAGGGCAAGUGGAAGGAGCCCACAGAGCAGACUCGCCCCCACUCUGCAACCCUAUGGAACUUCCCGUUCACCCAUCAUCUUCUGCCGUCCACUGUGCACCAGGUGCCAUCCUAGCUAAGGGUGAUGCAAAGGGCCUGGGAAUCAUAGGCAUACCUGGGUGGGACCCUGGCCUCACAGCCUCUGCUCUACCACAGAGGAGAUCUUGCCGGAGCUGGUGUCCCAAGGAGUCCAGGCCCUGGCCCAGGAGGUCCAGGAGCGCUUCACCUCUAGCCUGGAGCUGGUUUCUUAUGUGGAAAAAGUGCUCCUGAGGCUGGAGGUGGCCACCCCCUCCACUGACGCUGGGCAGGAGGCAGACACCCCACAGGCCUCCCAUAACAAGUACACUCUCCCCCUGCCCUGAAAUGCCCACUCUUCCUUUCCCUGCCUAGGGAGGGAGGCAAUGUUGCCCUUGGGGUUGGCGGAGUAUGGCAGCAGGAAGAUGGUUGCCGGGACCAGCAUGUUUAUCUCUGAGCUGACUAAUAAAAAGGCCCAAGGCCAGUUCCUAGA